GUACACACACUCCUUCACUCUUUGCAUUUGGGCCAGCCGAAGCCUCUGCUCUCAUAGUGUAACACCUGAACACAUAGAAAACAUCUAAGAGCAUUGCCUACAACAUGCCAUUCACCAGCAACAACUCCCAGGUGCCCCUCUCCGACAUGAAACAGGGCAUCGAUGACACGCCUGUAAAGCCCCCACUGGAUGAGACCCCAACAGAUUCCACAGACACAACGUCUGUUGAUCUGCCCCAUGAGGAGGUUAAUGAAGAAAUCGAUCCUUGGGCCUUGCCUGAACUUCAGCCCUCUGGUCCUUCCUGGAAAGACAUGAACAAUAAACAGAGAACGAAGAGGGUUGUGUUGGGGCUGGUCAAAGGAUGUCUACUCCUAGGGUUACUCUACUUGUUCAUCUGCUCCUUGGAUGUUCUAAGUUCAGCUUUCCAACUAGUUGGAAGUAAACUCACCGGAGAUAUUUUCAGUGAUAAUGAAAUUCUAGCGAAUCCAAUUGCUGGUCUGGUCAUUGGUGUCCUGGUUACCGUCCUGGUGCAAAGCUCAAGCACUUCAUCUUCCAUCAUUGUUAGCAUGGUGUCCUCUGGAAUACUAAAUGUGAAGGCUUCUAUUCCCAUCAUUAUGGGAGUGAACGUCGGAACCUCGGUGACCAGCACAUUGGUGUCUUUGGCACAGUCAGGAGAUCGCAAUGAGUUUCGAAGGGCCUUCGGUGGUUCAGCCGUGCAUGGAAUGUUUAACUGGAUGACUGUGAUUGUACUACUGCCUAUUGAGCUGGGAACAGGCUACCUCUACUACCUGUCUGAUGCCAUUAUGAAGAGCUUUAACAUCCACGCUGGAGGCCAAGCCCCGGAUAUCCUUAAAGUCAUCACGCGGCCUUUCACUGAUCUCAUUAUCAAGUUGGACAGCUCUGUAAUCUCUGGAAAUGCUGUUGGUAAUCCUGAAAGCGCAAACAAAAGUCUGAUCAUGAGGUGGUGUAAAACGGAAGUAAAAAAUGUGACCGAGUACUUCCCUGUUACUAACCUUACCAACUGCAGCACAGUUACCUGCGUCACCAAUGCAACUGGAACCUUUGUAGAAAGUAACACCACAGUUCAAGAAUUAAUAGAGAGAUGCGUACAUAUUUUCUCACACAUCAAUCUCCCGGACGUAGCAGUGGGCUUCAUCCUUCUGAUCGGAUCAUUGUUUGUGCUUUGCACGUGCCUCAUCCUCAUCGUCAAACUUCUUAACUCAGUCCUGAAGGGUCAGAUUGCACAAAUGAUAAAGAAGGUGAUUAAUGCAGACUUCCCGUUCCCAUUCAGCUGGCUCACCGGAUAUUUGGCAAUCAUCAUCGGAGCUGUAAUGACGUUUGUGGUCCAGAGUAGUUCUGUCUUCACUGCUGCUAUCGUACCUCUGAUGGGCGUUGGGGUCAUCACCAUGAAAAGAGCCUAUCCUCUGUUCCUUGGAUCGAAUAUUGGGACCACAACAACAGCUGUGUUAGCGGCCUUAGCCAGCCCUGCGGAGUCCCUGAGCGAAUCGGUGCAGGUUGCAUUUAUCCACCUGUUCUUCAAUCUCACCGGCAUUGCCCUUUGGUACGCUGUCCCAUAUCUUCGUAUUCCGAUCCACAUAGCCAAAAAAUUUGGAGAUAUUACAGCAAAAUACCGCUGGUUUGCAGUUCUGUACCUGCUCGUGACCUUCCUUAUCCUACCUUUGGCUGUCUUUGGCCUGUCUAUGGCUGGAUGGAUUGUGUUAGCUGGUGUUGGUGGUCCAAUUCUGGUGGUCAUUGUUGCAGUUCUCAUCAUUAAUGUUAUUCAGAAGAAGCGCCCGAAAUGUUUACCAUCAUUCCUGAGGAACUGGGAUUUCCUACCUACCUGGCUACACUCAUUGGCACCCUGGGACAAACUUUUACUCUCCAUGUGUGGAUGCUGCUGUAAGAAAGGCUCUCAGCACAAAGAAGACCAAGAAAAAUUAAAAGAACCUCUUCCCGUUAUGGACUCUCCUUUUCCUCAGACUCACUGCUAUGACAAUCCAGACUUUGUUCAAUCCCAAGAUCUAUGAGGGUGCAGCCUCACACCCACAUGGAUCCAUCAGGACUUAAACUCCCUCUUUUCACCAACCGCACCCUCAACUAUUUAUGUGAAAGAAAACACUUUAUUUUGUAUUUUGAUAAAAAUGAAUGCUUUUUUUUUUUUCUACGUACGCAAUGUGGUGCUCUGUUCUACGGCAGAAAGGCCAAUAAGCCAACUGUAACUUGUGGUUGAAUCCUACAAGAUCAUGUUUAACCGGUAUAUUUCUCUUAAUACCCU